UCUCUCGGAACAAUACAUCAAGCAAACACUCAGCGACACAACAACAAUCAGAAACUGUACUAGCAAUCAUCUAGCCGAUUCCUUGCCUGUUGCAGCAUCUGUAGCUUCCUUCAGUCCGCGGCUGAUUAAUGGCGACCAUGAUGGCCAUGAGCUCAUUCGCCGGUGCCGCCGUCCUGCCGCGCGGCUCGGCAGGCCGCCUCGGCGCCAGGUCUCUACCAGCGCUGGGCCGGCGCGCCCUCGUCGUCAGGGCCCAGACCGAGGGCCCCAGCGCACCACCGUCAAACAAACCCAAGGCGAGCACCUCGAUCUGGGACGCGCUCGCAUUCAGCGGCCCUGCGCCGGAGCGCAUCAACGGACGCCUUGCCAUGGUAGGCUUCGUGACGGCGCUUGCAGUGGAGGCAGGCCGCGGCGACGGGCUACUCUCGCAGCUCAGCAGCGGCACCGGGCAGGUGUGGUUCGCCUACUCUGUGGCGGUGCUGUCUGUGGCGUCGCUGGUGCCGCUGCUCCAGGGCGAGAGCGCCGAGGGCAGAGCCGGCACCAUCAUGAACGCAAACGCGGAGCUCUGGAACGGCCGCUUCGCCAUGCUCGGCCUCGUCGCUCUGGCGGCGACCGAGAUCAUCACUGGCGCACCCUUCAUCAACGUGUAAAACUAGCUUCGUUGUCGACCGGAUAAAAACUACAAAAUCAGAAAAACCUGGUCCCUCAAUUGUUGAAACCGGAUAUUUUUUCAUCCCUCAAACGACUUCAGCCGUUUUGGGCUGACGUGGCAUGGUUUUGACCACUGACCUCGCCACCACCUCACCUUUGUCUUCUCCCCCUCUUUCUCUAUGCACAGGGAAGCACCUCACCGCACGUCUGCUCCGCUGCCUCCGGCAGUCGUGGCCUCACCUUCGUAUUCGUCCACCUCUUCCUUGGCUGCUGCUGAUACAUCCAUACGCAACUUGAUCGAUCCUCCUGUGCGAAGCUAGCCAAGCAAAUUGAUUUGGUCCCGGCCAGAAACGCCCAAGUCUCACGCACAUACACACAAACCAGUCGGCUGGAAACACAAAAGCUGGCUAUGUUUGCUAAAGGUUCGUCUCGAGCCUUGCUGAUUUGUUGAUUCUUUAACGACUGUUGUUUACAGGGGAUCCCCUAGCUCGCUCCCGCUCUGGUUCCAAGCCUGAUCCCUGACGGUAUCCUCUCGCUCCUGCUCCCGUCCCGCCGUGCCGACGGCAGCGGCAACAGGUCCAGCGAGCCAUGCAGCCGUGCUGAGACUGCUGGUGCCGCGACGCAGGAGCCCGAGAUGGCAUGUGCAUGGCGCCCUUCGUGAUGUGCGACCCUGUUUCCCUGUGAAUGCGCUGGCGCUGCCGUCCGAGGACGUGGGCACUGGCACAUGGCCACCGUGCACUACUUUGACAACCACGGAGUGGAGCGCGCCGUCACAACGGUGUACGACCAGCAGCAGGCACUCGCAGCCACCGCUAGCUCCCGUGUGGAGACGCCCUGAGGCCAGGCCCAUGGUAACCAUGUGUGACUUCUCCGGCCUGGGUGAGAGAGAGAAGAUAGAAGAAGAAGACGAAGAUGAGUUGGACGAUGAUGUGGCAAGUUCAGUGGUCAAAACCAUGCCACAUCAGCACAAAACCAUCUGAAUCCGUUUGAGGGACGAAAAAUAUCCGGUUUUAAUAAUUGAAGGACUAGAUUUUUUUUGGUUUUGUAGUUGAGAGACCAUUUCUAUACCAUUGGUAAAAUUGAGGGGCGAAAAAUAUACUUUUCCCUAUACUAAUUAAAGACGGCCUAUUUUUUUCUCA